CACCCUCACAGUGUUUCUUUGCGAGCCAUUCAUUCCACUCAAUUAGUGAAAGGUGGUCGGAAAGCAAACUGUUGGUGAGAUUUCCCCUAACAUACCAUCUGCUGUGGUUGACAGUGUGAUGGUUGUACCCUGUUAUUUUGGAAUGUUGUUAUUGUAUAUAUUCAAAUUCAAAUUAAUAAAAAAAAAAGAAAAAGGGAGGGGCGUAAACAAAAUGGUAUCCAUAGCAACAAGACAUCACAUGACAGCUCCAGAUCAAAGGGCCAAAUGGAACUCUAGUCUGUGUAUAAGUUGGAGACAAACAGCCCUGAUCUCACAUUAACACUUCAGAUUGUUGGAGAGUUAUAGACACACCGACCAGUUGAGACAAUUUCAGUCGGAUAACGGAUAAUUCAAGAAAAGUACAGAGAAGAAACCCUGAUAUCCAUCAGAAAACAAAAGCAGACGUCAUGGAUUUCGACUCAACCAGCAGCCGUACAUUGAACUUCUACCUCAGUUCCCUGGAGGAACAAGUCAUGUCUGAAAUGGGGGACAGUACGGCAAGGAUCACCCAAACCACUGACGGUAGGGUCAACAUCGACAUCCGGGAAGACCUACUGGAAGAGUUUCUCAAUGAUCUGCAGGAACUGAGAGAUAACAACAAGAACAACUGGAGCCAGGAAAGAAAAGACAUGCAAAGAGAGAUGCACAGUCUGAAGGCCCAGCUGAAAGACGCUCAGGAAAAAUAUAAACUGUUAUUAGAGGAGACCAAUGAUCAUAGGUCCAAGAUGGGAAAGAUCUGUACCAUGCUGCGGGAAACUCAGCGUGACCUGAAGCAGCAGACUUGUGAAAAGAAAGAGAAACUGGACCAGAUGAAGGAGGAAAAUAAAGCCCUUCAAGAUAAAAUGGAAACCCUGAACAAGGUUAGGGAGGAGAACAAGACCCUUCGAAAUGAACUGGAGGCGAUCAAGUUGGAGCUUCGCGUGGAGAAACAGCUGCGUGCAACGGCUGAACACAACACCGUGGUGACAGCUCAUUCUCUGAACAUUCUACUCUUUGAAAAGGACACGGCAGAGUUCGAGGCUCGCUCAAAAGCCGAACAGUUAGAAGCUGAUCUGGCUUUUGAGAGGACCAGAACUCAAAAGGAGAAGGAGAAGUUGAGCAAGGUGGAGCAAGCUUUCAAAAAACAAAAGGAAGAAGCCAAGAAGUCUGCGGCGCAAUCCCAGGCUACUUACCGAACCAAACAGGAGGAGCUCAGGCAGAUUUCCUUAUCCCUGAAAAAGGCAGAGAGUCUGCUCGAGACUAAGCAAGUCUCUCUGGAACAGAAAAACUCCUCCCUGGAGACGAUGUCGAAGGCUAAAGAUUUCUAUGUUUCCCAGCUCGACGCACAAAAGGAGAGAAACAACAACCUUGUGGCUGCUCAAGAGAGAAUCGAGAAGCAGUUUGAAAGCGAGCGCAUGGAGUGGCAGAAGGAGAGAUCAUCCCUCAUUCAAACCACUGAAACACUGAAGGAGACUCUGCAGUGCAAGGAGCAGGAGUGGGAGGAAAACAAAGAAAUCAUGGAUACCCACAUCAAAGGCCUCCACACCUAUGCCACUGAAAAACUGAAGAAGAAGAGGAGGAGGUGGUGGAAUCUGUUUUAACGCCCAGAUUCACAGUUCACCGAUCAGAAACAGCGUCUUACAUUAUCAACAUUCUUAUGUACAGACAUCCAUACCACCUGUUCCUGAUCUGAGUCUGGGUCAAAAAACAGAAAAAAACUGGCACAUGUCAUCUACGUGUCUGCGUGGGUUCUCACCGGGUGCUCCGGCUCCCACGAUUUAAUAAAAAGACGUUGAGCCACAGAAAUGAUCUUCACUUCUGGGCGAAACAAAAAAACUUUACGUGGGUUCUCACCGGGUGCUCCGGCUCCCACUGUCAAAAGACUUUGAAAAAAACAAAAACAAAUAAAUUA